GGCAGAGGAGCCACGUUCCAGCCCCCUCCGCCGGCAGCAGAACCCGGGGCGCUCGGGAGGGCGGCCAUAAGGAGGCAGAGUAGGGACCUUCCUCUGUUCCCACAAUCCCGGGGCGCAGUCCGCGAAGGCUGUCUGGAGGAGGAAGGCGACAGGGCCAUGGCCACCGAGGCGACCUUGGGUCCCAACGCGACCUGGUGGGCUCCAACCAACGCGUCGGGAUGCCCGGGCUGCGGUGCCAAUGCCUCGGACGGCUCGGGCUCCGCGCCCAGGCCACUGGAUGCCUGGCUGGUUCCCUUGUUCUUCGCUGCGCUCAUGUUGCUCGGGCUGGUCGGGAACUCGCUGGUCAUCUACGUCAUCUGCCGCCACAAGCACAUGCGGACAGUGACCAACUUUUACAUCGCCAACUUGGCGGCCACAGACGUCACUUUCCUACUGUGCUGCGUCCCCUUCACGGCGCUGCUCUACCCGCUGCCCGCCUGGGUGCUGGGAGACUUCAUGUGCAAAUUCGUCAACUACAUCCAGCAGGUCUCGGUGCAAGCCACAUGUGCCACCCUGACGGCCAUGAGCGUGGAUCGUUGGUAUGUGACUGUAUUCCCGCUGCGCGCCCUGCACCGCCGCACUCCUCGACUGGCCCUGGCUGUCAGUCUUAGCAUCUGGGUGGGCUCUGCAGCCGUGUCCGCCCCGGUGCUGGCCCUGCACCGCCUGUCGCCCGGGCCUCGCACCUACUGCAGCGAGGCGUUUCCCAGCCGUGCCCUGGAGCGCGCCUUCGCGCUCUACAACCUGCUGGCUCUGUACCUGCUGCCUCUGCUCGCCACCUGCGCCUGCUACGGUGCCAUGCUGCGCCACCUGGGCCGCGCCGCUGUGCGCCCCGCUCCCACUGACGGCGCCCUGCAGGGACAGCUGCUGGCACAGCGCGCUGGAGCAGUGCGCACCAAGGUCUCCCGGCUGGUGGCCGCCGUGGUCCUGCUCUUCGCUGCCUGCUGGGGCCCUAUCCAGCUGUUCCUGGUGCUCCAAGCCCUGGGCCCCGCGGGGGCGUGGCACCCUCGCAGCUACGCCGCCUACGCGCUCAAGAUCUGGGCUCACUGCAUGUCCUACAGCAACUCGGCGCUCAAUCCGCUGCUCUACGCCUUCUUGGGCUCACACUUCAGACAGGCCUUCUGCCGAGUUUGUCCCUGUGGCCAACGACGCCAGCGCCGAUCCCGCGGGUCUGCACUCUCAGACCGAGCCGCAACCCACACCGAGUCGCACAGUCUGGCCGCGCACCCCGCCGAUGGCGUCAGGACGCCUGAGCCUGGAAACCCUUCAGUGCGCUCCCUGUGCGGUUUGCAAGAACAAACCGUUCCACUCUGAGCCAACCCCUGCCUGAUAAACGAGCCCGUAUUCCGUUGUUAAAAACUUAGUUUGUGUCCGGGGUAACCCGUGUAAACCUCCUUCUCUUCCUUCUUCGGUUGGGCAUUUGUGGGCCAUGGUUUUGACUGUGGUUGUGAUAAUUCUCUGCACUCUGCAGAGUUUGGAGAUUAAUGUCCCCACUUUCUGCAUCUACUUCAAGACUUUGUGCUUAUUAGGCAAAUGCUGGACCACUAAGCUAAAUUUCUUCCCCACCUCUUGUCUUUUUUGAAACAGGAUCUCAUGUAGCCCAGGCUGGCCUCCAACCUGUGCAGCUGAGGCUGACCCUGAUCUCCAACCACGACCUUGAGACCCGGUC